GCUGGAGCCAGGGCGCCGGUGCCCUGCGCUCUCCCCGGUCUUGCGCUGCGGGGGCGCAAACCGCCUCUGUGACUUCUUUGGGCCAGGGACCGGGAAAGAGUCCGUGCCUGAGAACUGGGCUCUAUGUCCAGCGCGAAGUGCAGGAUGGAGAACAAGGCGCUGCUGCUAGCUGUCGCUCUGUGGUUCUGCGUGGAGACCCGAGCCGCCUCUGUAGGUUUGCCUGGUGAUUCCCUCCAUCCACCCAAACUCAGCACACAAAAAGACAUACUGACAAUUUUGGCAAAUACAACCCUUCAGAUUACUUGCAGGGGACAGAGGGACCUGGAUUGGCUUUGGCCCAACGCUCAGCGUGAUUCUGAGGAAAGGGUGUUGGUGACUGAGUGCGGUGGUGACAGUAUCUUCUGCAAGACUCUCACAAUUCCCAGAGUGGUUGGAAAUGACACUGGCACCUACAAGUGCUUCUAUAGAGACGUUGACAAAGCCUCUACUGUCUAUGUCUACGUUCAAGAUUACAGGUCACCAUUCAUCACCUCUGUCAGUGACCAGCAUGGCUUCGUGUACAUCACCGAGAACAAGAACAAAAGUGUGGUGAUCCCGUGCCGAGGGUCGGUUUCAAACCUCAACGUGUCACUUUGCACUAAGUAUCCAGAUAGGAGAUUUGUUCCGGAUGGAAACAGAAUUUCCUGGGACAGCGAGAAAGGCUUCACUAUCCCCAGUAACAUGAUCAGCCCUGCCGCCAUGGCCUUCUGUGAGGCAAAGAUUAAUGAUGAAACGUACCAGUCUAUCAUGUACAUAGUUAUGGUUGUAGGAUUUAGGAUUUAUGAUGUGAUUCUGAGCCCCUCUCAUGAAAUCGAGCUAUCUGCCGGAGAAAAGCUUGUCUUAAAUUGUACAGCAAGAACUGAACUCAAUGUGGGGCUUGAUUUCAACUGGCAUGUCCCAUCGAAGAAUAAGAAGAUUGUAAACAUGAAACCCCUUCCUGGGACUGACCCGAAGCUGUUUUUGAGCACCUUAACAAUAGAAAGUGUAACCAAGAGUGAACAAGGGGAAUAUAUCUGUGCAGCAUCCAGUGGACUGAUGACCAAGAGGAAUAGAACAUUUGUCCGAGUUCAUACAAAACCUUUUAUUGCUUUUGAUAGCGGGAUGAAAUCUUUGGUGGAAGCCACAGUGGGGAGCCAAGUCCAAAUCCCUGUGAAGUAUCUCAGUUACCCAGCUCCUGAUAUCAAAUGGUACCGAAACGGAAGGCCCAUUGAGUCCAACUACACCAUGAUCGUCGGCGACGAGCUCACGAUCAUGGAAGUGAGUGAAAGAGAUGCAGGAAACUACACGGUCAUCCUCACCAACCCCAUUUCAAUGGAGAAGCAGAGUCACAUGGUCUCUCUGGUUGUGAAUGUCCCACCCCAGAUCGGUGAGAAAGCCUUGAUCUCUCCUGUGGAUUCCUACCAGUAUGGCACCAUGCAGACUCUGACGUGCACAGUCUAUGCCAACCCUCCCCUGCACCACAUCCAAUGGUACUGGCAGCUAGAAGAAGCCUGCUCCUACAGGCCCUGGCAAACAACCCCAUUUACUUGUAAAGAAUGGAGACACGUGGAGGAUUUCCAGGGGGGAAAUAAGAUUGAAGUCACCAAAAACCAAUAUGCCAUAAUUGAAGGAAAAAACAAAACUGUAAGUACUCUGGUCAUCCAAGCUGCCAACGUGUCAGCAUUGUACAAAUGUGAAGCCAUCAACAAAGCCGGACGAGGCGAGAGGGUCAUCUCUUUCCACGUGAUCAGGGGUCCUGAAAUUACUGUGCAACCUGCUUCCCAGCCAACUGAGCAGGAGGAUGUGUCUCUGUUGUGCGCUGCAGACAGAAAUACAUUUGAGAACCUCACAUGGUACAAGCUUGGCUCGCAGACCACAUCGGUCCACACGGGCGAAUCACUCACGCCAGUUUGCAAGAACCUGGAUGCUCUUUGGAAACUGAAUGGCACCAUGUUUUCUAACAGCACAAAUGACAUCUUGAUUGUGGCAUUUCAGAAUGCCUCCCUGCAGGACCAAGGUGACUAUGUCUGCUCUGCUCAAGACAAGAAGACCAAGAAAAGACAUUGCCUGGUCAAGCAGCUCAUCAUCCUAGGUAGGGAGACAUCCCUGGGUGACGGAGUUGCAAUGCCUUAA